AUGCAUUUCUACUUGUAUAAUAAUAGUACAGUGAAAUGUUUCAAAAAAGGCAUUCUUUGGUUCAUAUUUUAUUUAGCUUUAUUCCGUUCACAUUCUAGUGCCUAUGCACCAGUACAUGGAUAUAUUUGUGUGGCAAUAUGUGCAUUUGGUAUUGUGACAAAUUUGGUACAUGUACUCGUUCUGAGCCGCCCUAAUAUGCGAUGUUCAGCUGUCAACUGUGUUUUAACAGCUGUAGCUAUUUGCGAUAUGGGAACUAUGGCAUCUUAUUUGAUCUAUAUAUGUCAUUUCGUUUUGGUCAAAAAUCCUUGUUCGCCAAUGUAUUCGCACUUGUGGGUUCAAUUUCUUCUGUGGCAUGUAGUCUUUAGCAUUGCACUACAUACAACAUCGCUUUGGUUAGUCGUUGCGAUGGCAUUCAUCCGGAGGAUGACAUUGAAAAGGACAAUGCUUAACAGUGGAUGGCAACAACCGAAAUUCGCUUGGAAAGUCUGUCUUGCGGUAUAUGCUAGUGUAUUUGUCUUAUGCGUCCCGACACUGCUCGUACAUGACAUCAUUGAAUAUUCUGCAGAUUGGAGACCUCCUACACGUUGUGCAAGUAGUUAUCCAGAAAACUACACAGCAAAACUAUAUACUCUUCAUGUUCCUGAAUCAGCCACUGCAAAUGGAUGCCGCUUCUUCAAACUUAAUUUGUGGAUGUCGGGAAUCAUUUUUAAGGUGAUUCCAUGUGGAUUAUUAUUCUUUUUGUCGAUCGGCAUCGUAUUGAAAUUACACGAAACUCGGAUGAAAAGAAAAAAACUUUUAGAUACAAAAAAAAUUGCAGCUAAAAAGCAUUCACGCAAAACUGAUCGAACAACAGCAAUGCUUCUUGCGAUAUUAGUUGUAUUUUUGAUAACAGAAUUACCUCAAGGAAUUUUGGCGAUACUAAACGCCAUAUAUACUACUCAUGUACAUAUGUAUAUCUAUUUUCACUUGGGCGAUAUACUCGAUUUAUUAUCGCUGUUGAAUUCUUCAAUAAAUUUUGUUCUUUACUGUGUCAUGUCUUCUAGGUAUAGAAAUACAUUUUGGACAGUCGUGUUGCCAUCACUUAUAUAUAAGUAA